ACCAAAUCCUUAUCACCAUUUACAAUGUAAUGAUUAAUGAAACCCUUUACUUCAUUAUCCGACAUUUCAACCAGCAACUUUUUAUAGAUAACAAUUUUUUUGCCAUUGCGCUUGCAGAUACCGCAACCCGUUGGCCGUAGUUUCUCACUGUUCUAAAUACUUAAAUAAUUUUUUUGUUACGAAAUCAGAAAUCUAACGUUUUAAUUUUAUUAGCAUAAUUAAGUACAUUAAUAACAUUUUCUACGAAUAGUUAUUCACACAUUUUAUUGAUUUAAUUAUUGCACUGCAAUAAUAUAAAGUUUGGUUUUUAUUGAUUAAACGGUUACAUAAUGGCAGUAUCGGCAGCUGCUGCGUUACUCGAUGAACUUAUGGGGAGAAAUCGAAAUGACGGACCAAACGCUCAAAAGAAACCUGUACAUUGGGAAGAUCCUGAGUUUUGUAAAUAUUUUAUGGUUAAAUUUUGUCCUCAUGAUCUAUUUGUCAAUACUCGUGCUGAUCUUGGAGCUUGUCCUAAAGUUCACUGCGAAGAAGCUAAAACACAAUAUAAUGAAGCUAGUAGCCGUUCAAAAAUACAAUAUGAAGAUGAAUUUGUGGCAUUUGCUACUAGUUUAUUGAAUGAUGUUGAGCGCCGCAUCGAAAAAGGGAAACAAAGGUUGGAGCUUAUGAAUAAAACUGAAACGCCGGUGUCCCAUUCUAAUAGCCAAAGUCAGAAAAACCAAGAGCAAAUUAAAUUAUUGUCAGAAAAAAUUAAUGGGUUAGUGCAAGAAGCUGAACAAAUGGGUACACGUGGUCAUGUUGAAGAAGCUCAAGGACUUAUGAAGCUCUGCGAUCAAUUAAAAGAAGAACGUGAUACUUUGAGAAAGCAAAAUGAAAGCAUUCAUUGGUCACAAACAUAUGAACUAGCUGCUGCUCAAGAAAAACAAAUGGAAGUAUGUGAAGUUUGUGGAGCUUUUUUAAUUGUUGGAGAUGCUCAGUCCCGUAUCGAUGAUCAUUUGAUGGGAAAACAACAUAUGGGUUAUGCUCGAUUAAAAAAUGCAGUAAAUGAAAUACAAGAGCAAAGGAAAAAGUAUGUAGAAGAAAGAGAAAAGCAACGUGAAGAAGAAAGAAAAAAACGCAUGGACCGUACUAGGAGUAACUCUAAAGACGUUGAUAGACAUAGUCGUGAUGCUAAUAAUGACAAGAGAUCUAAAAGCUCAAGAGACCGAUCCCAUCAUAGAAUUGAUAGGAAAUCUGAAAGACACGAAAGAGAAAGACGGAGAAGUAGAAGUCGCAGUGAUCGUCGUUCUUCUAAUAGUCAUAGGCAUAGAGGGCAUAAUGGUAACAGUCGUAGAGAUCACUAGAAUUUUAUUCAAGACACAUUUCAUUCAAUUAAUUCAGGUAAAUAUUUUCUAUUUUAUUGAACUAAAGCAUUUAGAAUUGAAUUUUAAAAACAAUGCUAUUGAUGAGGUGUGUAAUUUAAAACAAGAACGGGGUUAAGCUUAUAAUUAUGUUAAUUUUAAAAUAAAAACAAAAGAAAAAACAUCCAUAAAAAAUAUUUGAAUAACAAAAUCCUGUUACAACUAUGGUGUAAAUUAUCACAUAGCAGAAGAAAAUGGUCAUAUUGGGCGCUUUAUUUCAAAAAAGUGCUUACUCAUCAUUCGAAAGUCUGCAGAUCUUCAAAAAUUACAUGUGACUUUUUGUCAGGUAUUUAUAUAUAACGAGGUAUUUAUAAAAAAUAAAAUAUCUGAAGUAAAUGAAUAGUGUUAAUUUAUAUAAAAAACUUAUUUAGGGGAAAGUUUUAUUCUAUGUUGUUACAUUGCAAUUUUUAAUAUUAAAUUAUUUUAUUUCAUGGCAGAUAUUAAAAUGUAAACCGGUAUACUUUAAUUCAGAUUUUAGAUAUUUAUUUAUUUAUUUUAUUAAUAAAUCAAGUACUAUUUUAUUUAUUGGUUAAAAAAUUGCCCAAGUUAUAUUAGGCCCAAGGUAUAAUUGUCCAACCUAUUUAUGAAUUUACAUAUAAGGUUUAUAAACUUGAGUAAUAUUGCUAUUUAUUUAUUUUCUAUGACCUUUUUUUUAU